AUGGCGUCCAAGACGUCGCACUGCAACCUAUGCACCAAGCGCUUUACGCUCCUUCGGCGGCGCCACUUGUGUUCGACAUGCUGUCAAGACUUUUGCAAGACAUGCACCUACACGUCACUCCGUCGAAACUCUUCGCGCCUCUGCACGCCGUGCGUCAUGCGCAUGCACCCGCCCCCGUCUAGCCAAGCAUACGAAAUCAUCUUUCACAGCACCCGCACGCUCGAGUCCUCCCGCCAGAACGUGAUGACCCUUGGCCCUGACAACCACCGACCCGCCUUCCUCAGCCAUCCAUUCCUUUCUGCCAUCCACAACUCGACAGAGUCUACGAAAAGCCGCGCCUCGUCCAGCGGAACUUCCGUGACUGCCAUCAUGGACGACGAAGAACCGACAAAUCGCAGCCACACACUUGUGGCCAUGCCAGAGCACCAAGUUGUCGAGCAUCCACACGUCCACCCCCCACAUCGUGCUCGCCCUCGCCGUUCAAUCUCUGUCCGACCGUCGCGGCUGCUCCUGACCCCUCGCCAACGGGUCGACGUUCGAGCUCGAGCUGCCGCAGCCGUCGCCUAA